AUGUUUGUUCGCGCUUGCAUCUAUCUGCGACAAGAACACUUCCUGGGUCAUCUCGCUAUUGGAAUGGCUCUGUGCUCGUUUCCUGGUGGAAUCCUUGGCCAAGCAAGGCCUGAUCGGAUGCCCGAUGGGAGUUUGUGUGGUGACCGCCCAGAGACAUCCAUAAUUGCAUCAGCAUCAUCACUCCACUUCAAUCUACAAGCAGUCUACAUUCGACGCGUCAACUGUCGUGCCAGGAAGCUGACGCUUCAUCCCAGCCCUUCACGACUUCACCCCGGGGUUGCAUCGGAGACGAUGGAAAACGCUCAGGAAACGAUCUUACGGCUCCAAGAAGCCGUAAAACAGCAGGCUCGAGCUAUCGACACCAUACGCCAAGAACAGAAGGAUACGGUCGCGGAGAACGACGCGCUUCAUCAGAAGACUCUGGACUGGUCAAGGCGUUUCCCUGUCCUUGAGGACCAGAACCGCAAACUACUCAAAAAGAACAAGACAAAGGAUGACGAGAUUCAGCGCCUCCGGGCUCAAACCGCACACUUGGCGCAGCUUUUGGCUUCGCAGGGUGCGGGCGUGGAGUCCGUCAAAGAAGAGGUCAAGGACGCCAGGCAAGACAUCGCAACCACCGCACAAGGCGACGGAACGCCCAGCGAUCGAAGCUCUACAAAGGCGCUACGCGAUGUCGAAACCCAGAUGGAGAAACUCACGGUGGACGAAGCCGAAGAAUUGCCUCACACGCACCUUCAUGCCAUGGCGGGAGCAGGGAGACAUGCCGACAUGCGCAAAGCGCUCGAGCCGCUCCUCGGUGUUGAUAUCACCGAUGAAGUUUGCAGCCGCAUCUGUGACGUCGUGAUGGAGAUUAUCGGACCUGAGCUUGCCAAAGCAAAUGCUCAACUCAGUGAUUGCGUGGCAAGUCAGUCUGUUUCUCAGACGGAUCCAGAAGGACCAGGGAAUCGUUCCUCCAUCCCAAUUCCCUCGGCCAGAAGAUCUCGCUCGUAA